UACCAAACAGAUGCCACGUUCUCACAAUGUCAUUAUAUACUCUGUGACGUAGCAAAGACAUUUAUGGAAUGAAAGUUUCGCUCAGUAACCCUUUUAACUUGGCAAGCAUUGCAUAUUUUACCACAAUAGUCGUGUACGCGGUGUAUGCCCAACGUAAUUUAAGUCCCGUACCAAAUUUACAAGCUAUACUUAACUUUAACAAACAAUUUCAACAGAAACUUAGGCUUUGAAAGGUAACGGAGCAACAACAUACCGGUAUUGAUAAUGUAUUGCUUGAGUAACUUUAACAGGAUCGUUGCUUUCGGACUUGUUUUAAUUUGUGCAUUCUACCAAACAAAAGCGCUAUCACCACCAAUAACAACAGCGGCAACUACAGAAGCACCAACAACAUCAUCAACAACAACAGCAGCGGCAACAACAGCAACACCAACAACAACAACACCAACAACAACAGCACCAACAGGAACAACAACAUCACCAACAACAACAGCAUCAUCAACAACAACAGCAUCACCAACAACAGGAACAACAACAGCACCAACAGGAACAACAACGGCACCAACAGGAACAACAACAGGAACAACAACGGCACCAACAGGAACAACAACAGGAACAACAACAGCACCAACAGGAACAACAGCAACAACAACAACAGCAGCAACAACACGAAAUACAUCAACAACAACAACAACGCCUAAUACAAGAACAACACAAAACACAUCACCACCAACUACAGCAACAACAACAGCAGCAGCAGCAACUACAACAACAACAACAACACAAAAUACACCGAACACAGAAACAGCAACAACAGCUUCGAACACACCGAAACCCGAUGCAGGCGUACCAGUCAACCACCGGCCAAAUACAGGAGAAAUUGUUCUUAUUGUCCUUGCUGUGGUGUUGGUUGUAUCCAUUGUAACAAUAAUCGUAAGCCGGACGAUACAGAAACGAAAACGAAUGAGCGAAUACCAGCAACCAGAAGAUUUCGGAAACCCAAUUUCUUUCCCUUCCUAUAAAUACGACGACGACAACUUGUAGCCACAACGCAUUAGUGUAUGGUAGUGCAAAGCAUAUAGGUACCCCAACAUAGUUGUUGUUAUUAUUUUAAAACUGUUUAAAGUUUCAGCGUGAACAAAAUGUUCGUUAUAUGCGGAGGUUCGUGGUCAGCGUGUAUGACCGAAAAUAUGACAUAUGCUACAAUAGACCAACGUCAACGUUUAUUUAGUUUUCCGUCCAGUGUAUAAAUCCAGUGAAUUUAAAUAUUUUCUUUUUGUACUGACUCGUUGCAAUCUCACCGCACGAAUGUUUAUUCCUGUAAGACAAAUUGUUGCAUUUCGCUUCUGUAUAGGUCGAAAUUUGUUUUCUAGGCCCCAAACCACACAUUUAUCAUCCUGUGCGCAUUUUCCUUGUGUUUUGUUUGUUUGUAAAAAAGCACAAAACAAGAUUCCAUGACUUAGUAUAUCUCGAAGUGCAUCAGUCCCAUUACGGUACUUCCCCCAGUUAAAGAACCCCAUACACACGGCACACUUUCUCAUAUACGAGAAAAUAUUUCUUUCUGUAACUUUUCGUUCUUUUCUUAAAUACACGGCUCGUAACUCUGUUUUUAAACUGUGUUUAGUUUAGCGAUUACUGCUCAAACCUUCUUUAAAUAAAAUCCUAAUUUAAAAUAAA